AGUGAUGUGGCCGACGAGUCAUUUGCUGACUUGCACCGUGUAGAAGGUCUUCGUGGCAUCUACAUUGCGUCGCAGGUAGUGCCUGCUUUGCCUUCUGCAUCAUCCUUGGGCCCUGAACAUUUGACCACUCUAAUCUCUUUUGACCAUGGAGCAGAAUGGGGUCCAGUACAACCUCCGAGUGUGGAUCACCAGGGCAGGCCAGUAAACUGCAACGUGGUGAGUCGCAUUGCAUUUCCAUUUCAGUCUUGCGGUUUACUAGUCUGUGAGCAUCAAGCAUAG